UGAUAUUUGUUUUCAUAUAUUUACAUAUUGAGAAAUGGAGAAUAAUAGUCAUAAAUAUAUUAUUUUACAAAAUCAGUUUAUUUCAACCGAAGAUAACAAUAUAUCAAUGGAAAAUGAGAGUAAUAUAGAAUGUGACACCAUAUUAGACGGAGAUUCUAUAUUAAUUGAUUUAGUUAGAGGUUAUCCUCAUCUCUAUGACAAAUCAUCACCACAUUAUAAAGACAUUAUAAUGAAAGACAAUUCGUGGGAAGAAAUUGGGAAAAUAAUGAAUUGGUCAUGCAAGUAUAAAUCUAUGAAGUAUAAUCAGUUUCAUGACAACUAGUAUUGCCAUCAGAUUCUGUUGCUUAUCUGUCAACAGACUGCCAACAAAAUGUUUAUUGGAUAUUUGAUUAACAUUAUUUUGAUAAUAUUUGUCUAGCUGUUGAAUGUCAAACUCGAUGGAUUCGAUUAAGGGAAAGAUUUUCAAAAGAAAGGAGAUAGAGUAAAGCUGAAUCGAAAAGUGGAAGCGGAGCAUCUCAGCGAAAAAGCUUUGCUUUUUAUGAGAAUAUGAAAUUUUUACAAGAUCAUGUACAACGAAGAAGAACAUUUACCAACAUUUCACAAAAGAAAGAUAAAGAAAAUGUUACAACGAAAGUGCCACAUUCAAAUCUGAAUUUAGCGAUACAUCGUCCUACUGUUUCUACUACUUCUACAACUCGUCCAGUUUUUUGCUCAAUUUCACCGAAUUCAUUGACAAAUUGUGCAAUUGCAGUAAAACAAAGUGGGAAUAUUGGAUUACUGAAUACAAUGGAAUCAACGAAUUACAAAACACAUUUUAACUCAUCUAUAUCUGAAACACCUACCGUAAUAGAAAGGACUGAAGAGUCUUCAUCCGAAUCAUCUGCACUAUCACAAGGAUUUUCAACACCAUCAAUUGCUUCGCAAUGUGAUAGAUGUUAUUUAACUCCUAGGAAACGACAAAAACCCGAAUCAGAUGACAUUGAAAAAUCAUUCUUGUCAUUAUCUACAACAAUUGCAGAUAAAAUACGAAACUCAAAUACGCAAACGCAAAUAUCAAAGUCAAAUAAAAUCGAAAAGGAUCCAGAAGAUAAAUUCGCAGAAUUAAUAGCAAUUGAAUUAAAACAGCUACCAGAAGAAGAACGUAAAGAAAAGAAAAGAAGAAUAAUUGAUAUUUUAUGGAAUUAA